AUGGCCGAGAUAUUUGCCAAAGCGAGCUGUGUAGUAGUUUGGCUUGAGGAGGAGGAGGAGGAGGAGGAGGAGGCUACUGGCAUCCAUGAUGACAAGACCUCUGAUGAGGGCGGUAGAGCCCUGGAGGUAAUACGGAAGGCUGCAGAAGCCUACUAUAGUACAAGUAUGGACGAGAAUAAAGCGGUUCUCUCGCUACUUGGACGGUCGUGGUUUCAGCGUGUCUGGGUACUUCAAGAGAUCGCUGCAGCGCGACACAUUUUGAUAGCAUGUCAUUCCGCCGAAAUUGACGGACAUGCCUUCUCUUCUGGUUUAACGGCACUGAAAGACAUCAUCGCCGAUAAGGACAUGCGAGAUCAGAUCGGCAUGACCGUAUUUCUAAUAAUGAAUGCGACUUUGCGACCUAAGCGCGUGAUUGCUCGUUCUGACAAAAUCUCCCUUCGCAUAUGCCCUUUAGAAGACUUGACAACCAUGUAUAACAGCCGUGAAGCUACUGAUCACCGGGACAAGGUUUAUGCUCUGCUAGGCAUGAGCUCCGAUAAUUAUGGCCCGGCGGCCAUAUUGCCCGACUAUACCGUGCCGUGGAAAGACGUCCUCUGUCGACUCAUCCGGCUUUAUAUUGGUGGGCAGGCAUGUGUACAGACAUGGGAUGAUGAAGAUGUUGCAAUGAUCAGGGGUAAAGGCUGUGUUCUUGGCGUGGUGAGAAGGGUGGCGAUGAACCCACCACCAUGGAAAGAUGACGAUACUUGGAAUAAUUGCCGAGAUGCAUUUGUAACUAUACAAAUGACAGGUGAAGUUGAGAGAGGAAUGGGGCGUGUAUGGAAAUUUUGUAAAUGGCCAGGGUUGAUUAAAAGGGGUAAUAUUGUCUGUCUUUUACAAGGAGCGUCUAAGCCUACCCUCAUAAGGCCAUGUGGUGAUUACUGUGCUGUUGUCACAGUUGGAUUCGUUCCUCUCAACGCAACUUACUCAGUGCCUUGGCCACAAUCAUAUGUUUGGGGGAAGCUUGAUGAGUGGAAUGACCUUCUGCAGUCUGUAUCCGUAUAUCCACGGGACUUUCUGCUUGUCUGGAACUGGCAAAAGGCUUGGAGAAGUCUCGAGGAUAGAGAGGACAGGAGAUGGCUUAUGGAUAGCCAAUUACCAGAACAAGCAAAGAGAGUGUUAGAAGCUGAAUUGCCCAAGUUGCAUCGAUUGCGAAAUCUUGAGCCAACCUUGGUUGAUUCGGAGAACUUUGAGCAGGCGUUGGAAAACUUUCCACAGGCGCUGGCCCUCCAUGGUCCGGAAGCUGAAGAGGCCUACUUACCCACAUUCACAGCGAUAAUGAACAUUACCAUGUCAUGCAGAACUCCACGCCUGUCCAAGACGGGGGAAGAACUGAAGAGCAUGAUGGAUAUAAUCCAACGAAGAGGAGACUUCGUUGUGAUUACGGAAGAAACCAUGACUCGAAUUGCAAGGUCACCAAAUGAUGGUGUAUGGCUGAUGAGAUUUCUUCUUACUCAAAGAGGGGACGAGGUCCCGAUAACCGAAAAGAUGCUUGAAGAAGCAGCCUCAAAUCGGAGCUGCGGUGAUGAGCUUAUAACUGUCAUGCUUGACCGAAAAGGACCAGAAAUCCCGCUUACCGACAGGAUACUUCUUGCAGCGGCCGAAAAUACAACCCGCGCGCUAUACAUUACGAAAGCAAUACUCGACCGACGAAGGGACGAGGUCCAUUUCAAUGGUAGCAUACUUACGGUGGCAAAAACAAAAUGA